AUGAAGAAUUAUUCCGUGAAAAGUUCGGUUGACAUCGGUAUCACAUUGAACAAACCGGAUAGUGUAAAACAAAAUUACCAGCCGGAGGUUAACCAUAUCCUUGACAUGUACAAAGGUGCCACAAUUCUGAUUACUGGUGGCACCGGAUUUCUCGGAAAGGUCCUGUUGGAAAAAGCUAUCCGGUGUUUGAAUGUAAGGAAAAUAUUCGUUCUCAUCCGUCAGAAGGAGGGACUGAGCGCAGAGGAACGGCUUUUCAAACUGAUGCAGGAUGCGAUCUUUGGAAAAGUCCGCCAAAACUAUCGGAAUCAAGACGACCUAAUGGCUAAAUUAGAAGCUGUACAAAUUGAUCUAGAAAGUGACCGGCUAUGCCAGUGUAGUGAGGACUGCGAGCGUCGGUUGCUGCAACAGACGGAAAUUGUUUUCAAUGUUUUGGCUUCGGUAAAGUUUAACGAAACGAUUCGAAAUGCUCUUCAGACCAAUGUGGCUGGCACCAGGAAAGUGCUGCAAUUGGCACAGCGUAUGAAAAAGCUGCGGUCCUUGGUGCACAUUUCCACACUUUACUCCAACUGUCAACGAAAGGUCAUCGAAGAGAAAGUCUAUCAGGACAUUCCGAUGGAUCAUGCUACGAUAUUGCAGCUCACGUCUACUCUGUCCGAGCAACAGAUGGACAACUUUCAGCACUGUUUUCUCGGGCCGAUGCCAAACACGUACACUUUCAGUAAAAAAUGUGCCGAAGCGAUGAUUCAGAAUGAAUUUUCGCAUCUACCGAUAGGCAUUUUCCGGCCACCGAUAGUACUUUCUACCUACCGAGAACCGGUACCUGGCUGGACGGAUAAUCUGAAUGGACCUUCCGGUGUGUGCAUGUGGGCAGUCAAAGGGCUAAUUCACGUCAUCUGGGGCGAUGCAUCAAAGAAGGCGAACCUCGUGCCAGUAGAUUAUUGCGUUAACGCCAUUAUCGUGGCCGCCUACGACAUCCGGGAAAAGCAUCGUCGGAACGAAUCCUCAUUGGAUGGCUCCGAGAAUGAAAUGCAAUCAACACAACAUCACAACGAUGAUAAUGUUUCCUCUGUUGUGUGUGAAUGGCAGGAUAAAUUGACUUCCGUCUCCCAUCGGAAGCGAGAAAUGCCAACGUAUAAUUUUAUGUAUUCGGAGCACAGUCUGUCUUGGGGAAAAUAUAUGCAGAUGGUAUCCUUGGGUUUCGAUAACCGGUUGCAUCAAUUGGUGUGGAACUACUCGUAUGUGAUAACGUCAUAUCGGCCUCUGUUUCAUCUAUUGUCCUUCUGCUUUCAUACGGUUCCUGCCAUUCUUCUGGAUACUGUCAGAAGGUUUCGUCGUAAGAAGCCUGUCUACCAGAAGGCAAUGAAGAAGACUCGUCACAUACUGGAGAUGAUGUCAUACUUUGGACUACGUCAAUGGACCGUUCGUAAUGCAAACGUACGUCAUAUGCGUACGUUGCUAUCCCGGGAAGAGACACAGCUGCUAGAAUUUGACAUGGCUGCCAUCGACUGGAACGAAUAUUUUCGGACCUACAUUCCCGGUAUUCGGUGCUAUUGGUUCGGGGAAUGCACUAUUCGGCCUGGUUGUUGGAAUCCAACCGCGCAACGAAGAUUUCAUUAUGUGCAGCGACUGUUUCACCGCCUCGUUUAUAUCUGGAUUUGUGUGCGGCUCACCCGGUUGACAUCGAAAUUUGUGCUGAAGAAUUUAUUUGCAAUGCUAAUUGCGUAAUACUUUUCAACUCGUGCGUACGAAAUUUCAGUGUAAUAUUCCGUCUAUCGUGUAGAGAAGCGUUAUGGUUAGGAAUUAGACCCGUGCCAUUUCUUGCUACAAUCGGUAUUUAAUUUACAGCUGUACACUGUUCUGUAAAACAGUACAUCUCAUUAACUAUGCUGAUAAUUUCCAUUAGUGGUGUGAAUCGAGCUCAAAAUUAAUCACGAAUAAUAUAGUCCGUGUGAUUGUUAAAAAUGAUGGAAUGUGUCUACUUUUAGUGCUAUUAAAAGAGUCGCCAUGCCACGUUGUCUGAGUUUAAAGCAUCAGUCCACCUCACUUCUUUUAGUAUAUUUCCUCUCUUAAAUAUGAUUUAAAUAGAAGUUAACACUAAUCAUACCAACACUAAAUAUAUACCUAUUUGUACCAUGCCCGGUCAGAUGACCGGACUUUGUGUUCCCUUAUUAAAUAUAAGGAAAAUGUA